CUGAAUUAAUCAGCAGACUGGUGCUUCACUCUGCUGCUUCUGUCUCAUUCUCUGCAGCGCUGGGCUCUGCACAAUCUUGCUCCCUCUCCCUCUCCCUCUUUGCUCUGUCAUUUUUGGAGAGCAGCAGCAGUGCAAGUUGCUGGGGAAGUGGUGCAGGAAUUUAGCCCAGAUGCUCUUCAAACAGGCUGAUCUCUGGAUCCCCCACCAAGGCAAAUGUCGCAAAGAUGAGAUGACCUCAAGUUUGGGCCUUACCACAAAGAAAGCCCUCACGAUCCUGAGAGACCAAUUGUCAGCUCUGCUGGAGGGGCAUCAGAAGGAACGGAAAAAAGGGUCUUCAUGGAAGGAGGUGUGGAGGAGCAGUUUCCUGUACCAUGGCAACCGCUGCUCCUGCUUCCACUGGCCUGGUGCAUCUCUGAUGCUGCUGGCAGUGCUGUUGCUGCUGUGCUGCUAUGGGAGCCAGCCACAGGGGAGCCAAGGUGCUGAGAUAGUCAAUGCACUGGCACUCUUCCUCCUGCUCCUCUUGGAUCUCCUCAUGAUCGGGCGUCAAGAGAGGCUGAAGUGCAGAGAGGUGGAGAGGAGGCUUCAGACCAUCGUUGAUAAGAUAAAUGAUACACUUGGCAAAGAGGUGAAAUGGCCAGACUCCAUGUACCCUGACCUUCACAUGCCUUAUGCCCCAUCCUGGUCCCUUCACUGGGCCUACAGGGAUGGGCAUCUUGUCAACCUGCCCGUGAGCCUCUUGGUAGAAGGAGAUGUUGUGGCUUUGAGGCCAGGCCAGGAAUCAUUUGCUUCUCUGAGAGGGAUUAAGGAUGAUGAGCACAUAGUUCUGGAGCCUGGAGAUCUAUUUCCACCCUUCUCACCCCCUCCCUCCCCAAGGGGAGAAGUGAAGAAGGGACCUCAGAAUCCUCAGAUCUAUCGUCUCUUCCGUGUGUUGAAGACCCCAAUAAUUGAUAAUGUCAGGUGGUGCCUGGAAAUGGCUCUGUCACGGCCUGUGACAGCCCUGGAUAAUGAGAGGUUCACUGUACAGUCAGUGAUGCUGAAAUACGCUGUCCCUAUCGUGCUGGCUGGAUUCCUGAUUACAAAUGCUGUGCGCUUCAUUUUCCAAGCUCCUGGAAUUGCUUCCUGGCAGUACACUCUUCUUCAGCUGCAGGUGAAUGGUGUCUUACCCAUCCUUCCGUUGCUCUUUCCUGUCCUGUGGAUUCUUGCUACAGCCUUUGGAGAAGCCAGAGUGUUGGCUCAGAUGAGCAAGGCCUCCUCCACCUCACUGCUUGCUAAGUUUUCAGAGGACACUCUCAGCAGCUACACAGAGAUGGUAUCUUCUCAGGAAAUGAUACGCUGUAUCUGGAGCCACUUCCUCUGUGUUUUAAAAGGCAAAUCCCCAACUCUGAGCUUCACUUCCAGCUUGCUCCACAGUCUGGGAUCUGUCACUGUGCUCUGCUGUGUAGACAAGCAGGGGAUUCUUUCCUGGCCAAACCCCAGUCCAGAGACUGUUCUGUUCUUCAGUGGGAAGGUGGAACCACCUCAUGACAGCCACGAAGACCUGACUGAUGAGCUUUCCACACGGUCCUUCUGCCAUCCUGAGAUGGAAGAUGAGCCCCAUGAAAGAGAUGCUUUGCUCUCUGGCCCCCUGGCAGACACAGUGCACAUGGCCAAUGAACAGGAGAGGAACAACUGGUCUGGUGAUGCUCCAAAGGCUCCUGAGGCCUCUGCCCACCGAAAGCCAAACAGCAGAAGCAAACAUCCCUCUGGAUCCAAUGUGAGCUUUAGCAAGGACACAGAGGGUGGAGAGGAGGAACAUACUCAGGUUGUUGGGGACAGCGAGGUGUUGGCUUGUGAGGCUGAAGACUUUGUGUGUGACUACCACCUGGAGAUGCUCAGCCUGUCCCAAGACCAGCAGAACCCCUCCUGCAUCCAGUUUGAUGACUCCAACUGGCACAUGCACCUGAAUUCCCUCAAGCCUCUGGGCCUGAACGUGCUGCUCAACCUGUGCAACGCCGGCGUGACUGAGCGGCUGUGCCGCUUCUCCGACCACCUCUGCAACAUCGCCCUGCAGGAGACUCACAAUGCUGUGCUGCCUGUCCAUGUGCCCUGGGGCCUCUGUGAGCUUGCCAGGCUGAUAGGUUUCACACCAGGUGCUAAAGAUCUUUUCAAGCAGGAGAACUAUUUGGCUUUGUACCGCUUGCCAAGUGAUGAGAUGGUGAAGGAAACCAUCCUGGGGAAGCUUUCAUCCAUCACCAAGAGGAGACCCCCCCUGAGCCACAUGAUUAAUCUGUUUGUGAAGGACACCACUACCAGCACUGAGCAGAUGUUUUCUCAUGGGACAGCUGACAUCAUCCUUGAGGCCUGCACUGACUUUUGGGAUGGUACAGAUAUCUACCCCCUCUCUGGCUCUGACAGGAAGAAGGUGCUGGAUUUCUACCAGCGAGCCUGCCUGUCAGGGUACUGCUCUGCCUUUGCAUACAAGCCGAUGCACUGUGCCUUGUCCUCCCAGCUCAAUGGCAAGUGCAUCGAGCUGCUGCAGGUGCCGGGGCAGAGCGCGAUCUUCACCUGCUGCGACCUCCCCGGGACCACUCCCAUCAAACAGAGCAGCCGCAGGAACAGCUGGAGCUCAGAUGAAGGGAUUGGGGAAGUGAUGGAGAAGGAAGACUGUAUCCAGGCUCUGAGUGGACAGAUCUUCAUGGGAAUGGUCUCAUCUCAGUAUCAGGCCCGCCUUGACAUUGUCCGCCUCAUUGAUGGAUUGGUCAAUGCCUGCAUUCGUUUUGUCUACUUCUCCCUGGAAGAUGAGCUCAAAAGCAAGGUGUUUGCUGAGAAAAUGGGUCUAGAGACUGGCUGGAAUUGCCACAUAUCCUUAACACCCAAUGGUGAUGUGCCUGGCUCAGAGAUCCCCCCAUCCAGCCCCAGCCAUGCUGGCUCCCUGCACGAUGACCUCCAUCAGGUUUCCCGAGAUGAUGUGGAGGGGCUUCUGCUGAUGGAAGAGGAGGGGCACUCGGAUCUCAUCAGCUUCCAGCCAACAGACAGUGAUAUCCCCAGCUUCCUGGAGGACUGUAACAGGGCCAAACUCCCCCGGGGGAUCCACCAGGUGAGACCUCACCUCCAGAACAUUGACAACGUGCCUUUGCUGGUGCCCCUGUUCACAGACUGCACCCCAGAGACCAUGUGUGAGAUGAUUAAGAUCAUGCAAGAGUAUGGGGAGGUGACCUGCUGUCUGGGAAGCUCUGCCAACCUUCGGAACAGCUGCCUCUUUCUGCAGAGUGAUAUCAGUAUAGCCCUGGACCCUCUCUACCCAUCCCGCUGCUCCUGGGAGACCUUUGGCUAUGCCACCAGCACCACUCUGAGCAAUGGCUCUGAGGAGCUCACCCCGCUGCAGCUCUCAGGGCAGCUCAACAGCCUGCCCUGCUCCAUGUCCUUCCGCCAAGAAGAGAGCACCAGCAUCAUCAGGCUCAUAGAGCAGGCCAGGCAUGCAACCUAUGGGAUCCGCAAGUGUUUCCUCUUCCUGCUGCAGUGCCAGCUGACCUUGGUUGUCAUUCAGUUCCUCUCCUGCCUGGUGCAGCUGCCCCCCAUCCUCAGUACCACAGACAUUGUGUGGCUCUCCUGUUUCUGCUACCCACUGCUCAGUAUCUCGCUCCUGGGCAAGCCUCCCCACAGCUCCAUCAUGACCAUGGCAACAGGAAAAAACUUGACUUCCAUUCCCAAGAAGACUCAGCACUAUUUCCUGCUCUGCUUCCUGCUGAAAUUCAGCCUGACCAUCUGCUCCUGCCUCAUCUGCUUUGGGUUCACCCUGCAUGAGUCCUGUAAAGGGGUGAACACGACCAGCCUCAACCUCACAGUCUGCUCCUCCAUCAUGCUGCACAGUAAUGCUUAUGGUGCUCCUGACUGGUUUGGGACAUUUUCCAAUGCUCUCCUGGUAGCCCAGAAGCUCACAGCUGGCCUGAUUGUUUUACACACAGUGUUCAUAUCCAUCACCCAUGUCCAUCGCACCAAGCCCCUGUGGAAGAAGAGCCCCCUCUCCAACCGCUGGUGGACGCUCACUGUGGCUGUUGUAGUGCUGGGGCAAGUGGCACAGACUGUGCUGGACCUGAAACUCUGGGAAAACCUCAACUCUUCUUUGACCUUUAACCACGUCUCCAUCUCUCCAGUCGCAUGGCUCCUGGGUUUUCUUUCCUUGGUCCUUGUGGUUAUCAUCAAUGAGAUUGUCAAGCUGCAUGAAAUCAGGGUCCGUGUCCGUUACCAAAAGAGGCAGAAGUUGCAGUUUGAAACCAAAUUGGGGAUGAAUUCUCCAUUUUAAAAGCACCCAGCUCAAGUUCUCUGGAGCCAGGGCCAAACAGCCACUGGGAGAGUGGCUGCACCAAAGGCUCAGGGAAUUUUCCAUCACACAUGCAAACCAGACAGCCUCCUGGCAAAACUACAUCUGCACCUUCCCGGGGCCCCAGGCAGGGAUCCCCCCACAGGUAUGCAGCCCCUUCCCAGCCUACCAGGUACCCUCACAGGAAUCUGCCAGCUCUGAUGCCUGUUCAGGCUGCUCUUCCUUUAUUUAUUUAUUACUGGAGGUAUUUGUUAGUAUCAUGGUGAUGCUAAAAUGAAGCAGCUCCUUUCCUCUUUGUGAACAGAUGGG